GGUAAAUUACCCCGGAAGUCAAUUUGUUUUGUUCGUUUGAGAUCCUUGUUUUUGAGCACAAAUUUUGGACUUUUAACAACUUCAAAAUGAAAACAGAAGAUCAAGAAGAAACCAUGCUUGAGAUAGGAGAUCAUUAUCUUGUACAGAGAAACGACAAAUCAUGGCAUGCAGCAGAGAUUAUCCAGACCAGAGCUAAAGAGACAUCUGAUUAUGAAUAUUAUGUACAUUAUGAUGGCUUCAACCGUCGCUUGGAUGAGUGGGUGGACCUGGACAGGUUUGACCUGAGUAACAAGAUAGAGGACCAGCACAGCAAGAUCCGUGAUGUCAAGGUCAUGUCCACCGACCUCAGUGAUGGCACUGACAGAAAACUCACCCGCAACCAGAAACGAAAACAUGACGAGAUCAACCAUGUACAGAAGACAUAUGCUGAAAUGGAUCCCACUACAGCUGCCCUUGAGAAAGAGCAUGAAGCUAUCACCAAAGUGAAAUACAUAGACAAGGUCCAGAUAGGUCGUUAUGAGAUUGACACCUGGUACUUCUCCCCAUUUCCGGAGGAGUAUGGCAAGCAGUCCAAACUGUACAUCUGCGAGUACUGCCUCAAGUACAUGAAACUGGAGAAGACAUUCAGGUACCACCAGAGCCAGUGUGUGUACCGCUUCCCACCAGGCAAGGAGAUCUACAGGAAGGGAACCCUGUCUCUGUUCGAGGUUGACGGUAAAGACAGCAAGAUCUACUGCCAGAACCUGUGCCUGCUAGCAAAGCUGUUCCUGGAUCACAAGACCCUGUACUUCGAUGUAGAACCAUUCCUCUUCUACAUUCUCACAGAGGUCGAUAGGCAUGGAUGCCAUCUUGUUGGGUAUUUCUCAAAGGAGAAGGAGUCCCCAGAUGGUAACAAUGUGGCCUGUAUCCUUACACUGCCCCCAUUCCAGAGGAAGGGAUAUGGAAAAUUUCUCAUUGCUUUCAGCUAUGAAUUAUCCAAGCUGGAUGGUGCAGUAGGAUCCCCGGAGAAACCUCUGUCUGAUCUGGGCAAGCUUAGUUACCGUAGCUACUGGUCUUGGGUUCUCCUGGAGAUAAUCAGGGACGUCCGUGGAACUCUCUCCAUCAAGGACCUGAGUGAGUUGACGAGCAUCACACAGCAUGACAUCAUCAGCACGCUACAAUCUCUGAACAUGGUUAAGUACUGGAAGGGCCAGCAUGUGAUCUGUGUCACUCCGAAGCUUGUUGAGGAACACUUGAAGAGCGCGCAGUACAAGCGCCCUGUCCUCACUGUUGAUACCACGUGCUUGAGAUGGGAACCUCCGCGCAAACACAAGAUCAGCAAGAAACAGUGAAGUAAUUAUACAAGACAAAACUGAUGUAUGUUUUCUCUGUUGGAUGGUUUAUGUUGAAUAAAGCUGGCAGCUCGUGAUAUUGAUAUUCAUUUAGAAACAAACAUGCAUAUAUACAUUGUAGAAUGUUUUCCUGUCAUACUGUUAAAUGUACAACUGGUGAAUUUGAUAUGAAUAAGAGAAAAGUGAAAACAGUACUUAAACAUGAUCUUUCAAAGAACUUUGUUGUACAUGUAUUUUUACUUGUUAUAUGAAAUACCGGUAACCAUUAAAAGGUAAAUUUCAACUCUUGGCAAGCUAUCCAUUGUUUGACAGAAUUUGAAUUGGCAAUGCUUUCUGUUUGUGUGUGUGUGUGUUUUCAUCAAGAUUAAUGCUCAUAAGGAGUUGAUAUGGUUAAGUGUGUCACUGGCGUCUUCUUCUUGAUCUCAUGUUUUUUUGCUGAGACAAUUUUUUCUGUAUUGUUGUUGUUGCUUGUAAAUGGGCUUUAGUCCUUUAAUCGUAUAUGUAUUUCAUUACAAUGCAUUACAUUUAAGUUCUGGUCAACAGUUUCUUGAUCAGUUCCACAUGUUCCACAAAUGCUUACAGAUCUGUUAGAUUUCUUGUUGUGUUCAUGUACAAAAUGAUUAUAUAUUAUUGCAGUUGGGCAUAAUUAUUAAUAUGAUAUGUAUUAAAACUUGCAAAAUGUUCA